AUGGAACGUCUCCAGAAAUUCUGGUUAGCAGGAGCCUGUAAGAAGCGGGACCAAACUGGUGAAUCUAGCAACUCUCUGGGAAUUCUCAACUUUACGUCUGCUUUCAUUUUAUUGGCUUGCGGCAUGGCACUGGGCAGCAUUCUAUUGGUAGUUGAACAUUUCUAUUUCCGAUUUGGACGGAAAACUUUACAGAAAUGGGAUAAAUGUGGUUGCUGCGGAUUAGUGAGCUUGAGUAUGGGAAAAUCAUUGACAUUUGAACAAUCAGUGAGAGAAGCGAUAGAAAGGAGCAGACGGCACCGAUGCAAAGAUCCACUCUGUGAAACAUCGUUGUGGAAGGCACGACACGAAUUAGACCUUGCUCUUCUUAAAAUCGAAAAACUUCACUUGCAGCUAACAUCGUGCGGAAUUACUCCGGAGCCUGGUGCCGUUUGGAAAUUGCAAUCAGACUGCUACAAUCCCUGUGCACGCGAAACGAAGAAAGCCAUUAAAUUCAAAGAAGACAACGAUAAUGAGGAUUCUCCGAUGAAGAAAGGCUAUAAAUGUGAACUAAUGGAACCAGUUUCGGUUCCGGUGCUGUUGUCAGAUCCUGCUGAUGAUCAAACUAACACAACACAGCUAUCAACGGGCACGCCCCAUUUAAACAAACAGGUUUUCAGGCGCUCGCCAAGUUAUACGACAGCCAUGUCUGUAGACGAAGAACCAAAACCUCAGGCGGGUAAAACAAGAUAUCAUAAUGGAAAUUAUUACAUUGAAGUUGACAACCGAGAAAUUGAAAGUGUCCUUUAAAAUAACGAUUUCGUUAAGGGGGAAAAAGAAAAGGAACAUUUUUAACGAUAAUAAAUACAUAAGGAAAUAUGCCCAGGACAUUAAAAUGGCGAAAGUGAUAAAGAUAUGAAUAUAAUUCAAAUUAACAAAUGAAUAGCAGCGAAAAUUAUUUCGGGAAUGAGAAAAAAAAAGCAAAAUGAUAUUCACUUUGUUAUUUUAUAAAAAUGAGUACUGGAAUUUUAUUUGA